AUGGCACCGGCUGUAACUAUUGAUAAUACUUCAGACUUCGCCCUGGUCCAGACAAAGACAACAGGUCGCUCUUCACCACCGCGAAGCCUCCUGCUUUCCCCUCCAUCCCUAUCAUCCCACCCAGAGAAAUUGAACAAUGUUCUCGCGGCACAUGAUCGGAACGCCACCGACAUCCAAAUGCUCGAUCGCCUAUCUUUAUCCCUCGUUUCCCUUCCAGAAGCUACAUACGAUAUCAUUCUAGUUCUCUCAGGCGCAGACGACACACGAACAGAAUCGAACAAGCUGCUCAACCGCGAUGUCUUAUCGCGCAUCGUCCGAUCUUUGAAGCCCGGUGGGAGGUUAAAGAGCCAGGACGGAAAGUUUGCCACAGACGAUACAGAAGAACGGAGGGAGGCUAUUUUCGCCGGCCUGUUGGUGGAAGGGGAUGGUAUGGUGAAGCCAGAUGAUACAGCUACACAAUCGGUGCCACUGCGUCUCGGCAAGAAUAAGAGCAACGGUGGAACGGCUACGACGAGCGCAGCAGGGACAGGCGCUGUCUCUUUGAACCUUAACGCAAAGCGAAGAAAUGGGCCUCCAGCGUCAAUGCAGCCAGCAGGCGUAGGAUACGUUAAUUUCAGUGAUGAUUUCGGGGCGCCGGAAGUUGAUGACGAGGACGAUCUAAUUGACGAGGACACUCUACUUGAUGAGGAAGACUUGAAGAGACCUGUUGUCCAACCACCCGAAUGUCGGCCCAAAGCUGGCAAACGUCGGCGUGCUUGUAAAGACUGCACAUGUGGCCUUGCGCAACGCCUCGAAGCUGAGGAACACGCCAAACGCUCUAAUGCCGAUCAAGCCCUCGCAAAACUGAAAACGAACGAAUUGGCAGAGGUAGAUUUUACGGUGCAAGGCAAAGUAGGAAGUUGUGGUAACUCACCGAGAUCAUUGGAAGGAAAAUUAGCAAUUGUCACAGGAGGGUCUCGAGGAAUUGGCGCUGCCAUUGCCCGUAAUCUUGCCUCGAAAGGCGCUUCUCUAGUCCUAGGCUAUACUUCCGAUUCCUCGAGCGAGCCCAGUGCCCAACUUGCUUCUUCAUUGGAGAGCUCCCAUGGCAUCAACGCCAUUGCGGUCCAGGCGGACAUAGGUAACCCACAAGGUCCAGCCCACCUAGUCACGACGGCCAAAAAUCACUUCGCCCACCCAAGAUCUGGCAAAUUCCAAAUAGAUAUCAUUAUUAACAACGCGGGCGUCUCAAAGAACAUGCCCUUAGAAGAGAUCACCUCCGAAACCUUCACCCAACAGUACACCGUCAAUGUCCUCGGCCCUAUCCUUCUGCUUCAAGCCGCACUCCCUUUUCUGCCCAAAGAUCGCUCCGGCCGGAUCGUGAACCUUUCGUCAGUAUCGUCAAGCCUAGGUUUUCACGGGCAGACGGUGUACGGCGGCACUAAAGCAGCAUUGGAAGCCAUGACUCGAACGUGGAGCAGAGAGCUGGCAGAGCGAGCAACAGUCAAUGCCGUAAACCCUGGGCCUGUGGCCACAGAUAUGUAUGAAUUGACGGGUCCGGAGUUCCAACAGCAGAUGAAGCCAUUCAUGCAAAAUGCUCCAUUGCAGAGAGUAAGGGAAGGAGUAGAUGACGAGAGAUUUGUCAAAGAUGCCGAGUUGGCAGGCGGAAGGCCUGCAUAUGAUCACGAGAUUGCCGGUGUGGUGGGUAUGCUCUGCUCAGAGGACAGUGGCUGGUGCACAGGGUCCGUGGUUUCUGCCAACGGUGGAUUCAAAUUCAGCUAUUAG